AUGCGUAGCCUGGUGAAGCCGGUGAAGAACGAUCUGUCCCAGGAGCAGAAUCGCUACAACACCGAACUGGAGAAGGUGGUGCCCAAACAUGCCCGCCACAUAAUACUCAUUCGUCACGGCGAGUACCUCGAUGUGGGGGACACCGACGAAACGCAUCACCUCACCGAUCGUGGGCGGGAACAGGCCAAGUACACCGGACAGCGGCUGCAAGAGCUGGGCAUCAAGUGGGACAAGGUGAUUGCCUCGACAAUGGUGCGCGCCCAGGAGACGGCGGACAUCAUCCUCAACGAGAUUGACUACGAGAAAACGAAGGUGAAGAAUUGCGCGUUCCUGCGCGAGGGUGCACCGAUACCGCCACAGCCGCCAGUCGGCCACUGGAAACCGGAAGCACCAAGGACAGCCACACCCCUCAUCGUGGGCCAUGGCAAUGUGAUUCGCUACUUUGUGUGUCGCGCCCUGCAGUUCCCGCCCGAGGCCUGGCUGCGCAUCAACAUCAAUCAUGCGUCCAUCACCUGGCUGACCAUCAGCCCGUCGGGCAAUGUGUCCAUCAAGUACCUCGGCGACACCGGCUUCAUGCCCGUCAAGCAUCUAACCAAUCGGAUACCCCGUCCAGCCAAAAAUGUUGUCUAA